ACAACUCCUCGCUCAUCGUACAACGGCAGCUUGAGAUGAUGAACGUACUCAUGGGUUUCGAACAGGCAAAUCGCUACGUCAUCAUGGAUCCCCACGGCAACCACAUUGGCUAUUUGGCAGAGCAAGACCACGGCAUAGGCAAUGCAAUGGCGAGACAGAUGUUCAAGACACACAGGAGCUUUACCACACAUGUCUUCGAUCGCGACGAAAAGGAAAUACUCAGGUUCCAUAGGCCAUUUAGCUGGAUCAAUUCGAGGAUCCGCAUUUACGACGCUGUAGGACAAGAGGGUGGUGCAUAUACUAGUUCGGCGAGUUUGCAAGGCACAAGUGCAGCAAGCGUCGCGAACCAGACGAGCGCAAGCGUUUCAACAUUACCAUUGCAAGACAUGAGAAUUAUAGGGUCUGCGGAGCAGGAAUGGGCACCACUGCGACGAAAAUACAAUCUCUUCGUCGCGAGAAAUUUGGAAGACUAUCCCGCUGCGCCAGGGACACCACAGAUAGCAUCUGGCGACGUACCAAUCUCAAACUCGACAGCCGUCACAGUAGCGGAGGGUGAUGCAAGAGAGGUCGGUAUGCUUCAGUUUGCCAGAGUUGACGAGCCGUUUCUUUCCUGGGACUUCAGCUUAAUGACCGAAGACGGACGCCUAGCAGGUUCCGUCAAUCGUAACUUUGGCGGCUUCGCUCGGGAAAUCUUUACUGACACUGGUGUUUAUGCGCUUCGAAUGGACGCUGCUGGGCUAGCAAGCGAGCCGUCGCAUCUUGUCUCGAAAACUGCAGAGCAAAGCAGACCUUCAUUGGAACACCACCCAGGCAUGACUCUCGAUCAGCGAGCUGUCAUGCUCGCUACAGCUGUCAGCAUCGAUUUCGACUACUUCAGCCGGCACAGCGGCUCAGGAGGCAUGUGGCCUAUGUGGAUGCCUUGGUUUGGUGGUAGCGGUGAGGCAGCUGGUGGUGUUGCUGCAGGCGGCGCCGCGGCAGGAGAGGCUGGGGCUGCUGGAGCCGGAGCUGUGGGGGCGGCCAGCGAAUCUGGUAUUGCCAGUGAAGUUGGGACUGCAGCACGUGGUCUAGGUGCAGGAGAAGGCGCCGCGACAGGUGCUGCAACAAUGGCAGGCUACGAGGCUAUGCAAAGAGGCAGAGAAGCUGCGCAACAACGCGGGGACGAUGCAUCGCCACAAGCCACUGACCCGUAUCAGCCAUAUCCUGAUGAACAGCCUGGUACAAGUCAAGUUGGCGAAGAAGUCUGGGGCGAACACCAAGACCCUGGGUUUGGAUCACGAAGCCAGGAUCAAGAUUUCUGGGGCGGUCAAGGCGGUCAAGGCGGAGGUGAUGCUGGCGGCGGUGAUGGCGGAGGGUUUAGCUGGUCUGAUAUUUUCGGAGAGUAAAAGUUCUUUGCAUAUAUCACUACUUUUCCAUGAGCGUAGAUACCAUAAAUCCCACAUCUGUAUAUUAGAAUAGUCGUGACGCACAUCCGCGCUUGUGCAUGUAGCUGUGGUGGAGCCUGCAAAUCACUAAACUAUACAAUCG